ACCGCAUUGAGAGAGCACGCGCGCGCGCACACGCACACACACACACACACACACACGCACGGCAUCCCAGCUCGGGUAACACGGACAGCAUCGAGAGAGAGAGAGAGAGAGAGAGAGAGAGAGAGAGAGAGAGAGAGAGAGAGAGAGAGAGAGAGAGAGAGAGAGAGAGAGAGAGAGAGAGAGAGAGAGAGAGAGAGAGAGAAGUCGCUGCUAUUCUGAUGUUGAUGCCGCCGCCGCCGCCGCCGCCACCGCAGAAGAGCUGAAAAGGUGGCCGCCCAGCUGCGCGUGGCGAAAAGAACGCAGGUCUGCAAAGUGGUCCCAGACAAACAAAACAUCAUUAUUAAGCAGGUCAGCAGCAGCAGCAGCAGCAGCAGCAGCAGCAGCAGCAGCAGCAGCAGCAGCAGCGCGCCAGAAGUCGUCAGGAGCGCUGAGGCGGGCCGAAAUGAUGAGGCGGGGCAGCCAUUGGGCCCUGGCUUUCAUGUCGUUGCUGCUGUGGCGCCAAUCCGCGCCAAUCGAAGUACCAAACGAUCCAAAGAUCCUGGCCGACCUGAAACAGCCCCCUACUAUUACCAAGCAGUCAGUAAAGGAUUACAUUGUUGACCCCAGAGAUAACAUCAUCAUCGAGUGCGAAGCCAAGGGCAACCCGGUGCCAACGUUCUCAUGGAGAAGGAAUGGCAAGUUUUUCAACACGGCAAAAGAUCUGCGUGUGACAAUGCGCAAACGUUCGGGAACCCUGGAAAUCGGAUUUCGGAACGGAGGACGGCCGGAAGACUAUGAAGGCGAAUACCAGUGUUUUGCCACCAAUGAUCACGGAGUGGCAAUGUCCAACAAAAUUCUACUUAGGGUCUCGAAGGCACCUCUGUGGCCUAAGGAGGUGCUGGAGCCAGUGGUGGUGAGCGAGGGCUCGUCGCUGGUCCUCCCCUGCAACCCCCCUCCGGGCCUCCCGCCUCCGUUCACUUUCUGGAUGAGCAGUAUGAUGAUUCCCAUCCGACAGGAUAAGCGAGUGUCCAUGGGUUUGAACGGAGACAUGUACUUCUCCAACGUGGUGGCCCAAGAUGCUCAGAACGACUACAGCUGCAACGCUCGCUUCCUCUUUACGCACACCAUCCAGCAGAAGAACCCCUUCACUCUCAAAGUUCUUACCAAUGAUCCUUAUAAUGACACCUCUUACAAUGACAGUGACCCAUAUGGUGGCCGUAAAGUUGCUGAGUCCACGCCAACCUUCCUCACACCGUCGGGGACCGAGAGCUCCAAAAUGGUGCUGAGGGACCAGCAGCUGCUGCUGGAGUGCAUUGCUGCUGGACUCCCCACGCCGGCUAUCAAAUGGUUUAAGAAGGGCGGCGAUCUGCCGGCACAGAAAGUCAAGUUUGAGAAUUACAACAAGACCAUGAAGAUCGUGGCCGUGUCAGAGGAGGACACGGGGGAAUACGUCUGCAUGGCCACCAAUCAUUUAGGGAGCAUCCGCCACUCCAUUUUUGUUCAAGUGAAAGCGGCCCCUUACUGGCUGGACAAACCGACCAAUUUGGUGCUAGCUCCAGAAGCCAACGGCCGCCUGGUGUGUCGGGCCAACGGCAACCCCAAACCCAGCAUCCGAUGGCUGGUUAACGGCAUUCCCAUAAACAGCUCUUUGCCUGACCCGAGUCGCCAGCUCAUGGGCGACACCAUCAUCUUCCGCUCGGUGCAGAUGGGAAGCAGCGCCGUCUACCAAUGCAACGCUUCCAACCAGCACGGUUAUCUUCUGGCAAAUGCCUUUGUCAGUGUCAUCGAUAUGCGUCCAAGGAUACUUGGGCCAAAAAAUCAACUGAUCAAAGUCAUCGAGAACAACCGCACCUUUCUGGACUGCCCCUUUUUCGGUUCCCCUAUUCCAGAUUUACGCUGGUUUAAGAACGGACAAGGCAGCGGCCUAGACGGCGGACAUUACCGCGCUUAUAUCAACGGCAGCCUGGAGAUCCAGCGUGCCAGACCGCAGGACGAGGGCACCUACACCUGCGUGGCCAGCAGCAUUCUGGGCAUGGCUGAAAACCAGGUCCGCCUGGAGGUCAAAGAGCCCAGCCGUAUCGUCGGGGCCCCUGAACACCAGUCGGCCAUCAGGGGAUCCACAGCUCGGUUUGACUGCAAAGUCAAAUUUGAUCCCAGCCUGGCUGCCACUGUGACUUGGACCAAGGAUGACAAGCCCAUCCAUCUGGGAUGGAGGCUGAGGAAAGACGAGGAAUCGCUGACCGUCCCGAACGUCAACGAGGGGGACGAAGGAACUUACGCGUGUACUGUUGAAACCGAGAUUGACCGGGACUCGGCCUCGGCUCGUCUCACUGUGUUAGAAGAAGCCUCCCUCAACCCCUCACUUUCUAGUGCCUUGCCUCCAGACCUCCCCGACCCUCCUAUGGAUCUGGAGCUGUCAGAUCCGGCAGCCCGGAGUGUUCGCCUCACCUGGAUCCCUGGAAAUGACCACAGAAGUCCCGUCACAGAGUUUUUGGUCCAGUUUGUGGAAGACCGCUGGGAGCCAGGAAGAUGGCAGGACCUGGCCACCUACCCCGGGGACCUCAACUCGGUCAUUCUGCAGCUGGCUCCCUUUGUCAACUACCAGUUCCGAGUUAUUGCCAUCAACCAGGUGGGCCCGAGUGCGGCCAGCAGACCCUCACCCCAAUACCAAACCAGUAGCGCUGCUCCUGAUGUCAUACCCAGAGGCCUCCGAGGCUGGGGCUCACAGAAAGACAACAUGGAGAUCACUUGGGAGCCCCUGCUUGAUCUGGAGAAGAACGGCCCGAAUUUGCACUAUGCCGUGUGGUGGAGACGCAAAGAUUCCGAUGCCGACUGGAGCAAUGUGACCACAACGGGGACCAAACACGUUGUCCGCAACACACAAACCUAUGUAGCCUAUGAAAUGAAAAUCCAGGCCAGGAAUGAUCUUGGAGCAGGACCAGAGUCCAAUGUGGUCAUUGGAUACUCGGGAGAAGACAGACCCACCGGCGCUCCGACCGAGCUGCGCAUUUCUAAGGUAGACAGCACCAAAGCAAAUGUCCACUGGAAGCCCGUCCAGCAGGAGUCGGUCCGAGGAGAAUUCAAGGAGUAUAGACUGCACUAUUGGCGUGAGGCCAGUCACGUACCCGCUUUGGUGUUCAGCAAGGAGAACAAGACCAAAGGUUUCUACACCACCGUGGCCGAGCCUUCGGGCAUCCUCAGCGACCUGGUGCCCUUUUCGCGCUACAAGAUGUUUAUGGUUGUGGCCAACAAUGGUUACCAAGGUCCACCCAGCAACACGGUUGAAUUCAGCACAAAGGAAGGAGUGCCCGACGCUCCCAGUUUUUUCAGGAUCAAGCGAAGAGGCUUGGAUUCCAUUCAUCUGGAGUGGGACAAACCUCUGGAGCCAAAUGGUCUCCUCAUUGGAUACCAGCUCAAAUACCAAACAGCCAACGGAUCGAGAGAGGGUCGACCUCGCGUUGAGACUUUCCUUCCAAACGUGACGGAGUUCACGCUCCGUCUUCCCGAUCGCUCCAGCCGCUACAAUUUCUACCUGUCGGCGCUCACCCAGGUGGGAGCGGGCGAGGUCUUUGCUGAAGAAUCCCCCUUCUUUGGCAACGAAGACCUUCUCUUGUUCCCCUUUCUCCAUGAAAACUUUACUGAUGCUACAGGUCUAGUUGAUCUUACGGAUGCCUCUUUGGCUUCAGCUUUCACUCUUACUCCUCCUCCCACUCCUCCAACAAUUAGUACCUCACCUUCUACUCUUCCAAUGUCUACAACCAUAGAGGCUACUACUCCUACCACUACUCCUACCACUACUAGUACUACUGCUACUACCAGCAUUGAGGCAGACCUGACCACACUACCGUCUGUGCUGGUCAUCAACAAGAAUAUUGAUAAGAAUGUGCUGGACACCCAUUACGCAGUGGCCCACGGGCGAGAGAUCUGGAAUGUGACGGUGGAGCAUAACAGUAACUACGCUAACGUCAGCUGGAGACACAACUUCCCGGCCGGCAGCAGCGAGUUUGUGCUAGAGUUCACACUGGACAGGGACAAGACAAUGAAAACUGUACCAGUGAGUCAACAGCCCCCCAUUACAGUGGCGGAUUUGAUGGCAGGUGCCAAGUACCAUCUGAGGGUUUACUCCCAUGAACUCAGCAACGUCACCAGCAAAUCUGUCACCUUUGAGACCAAGCAAGCCUAUAUUGACCAGGUGGACAUCGCAACGCAAGGCUGGUUCAUCGGCUUGAUGUGCGCCAUCGCCCUCAUCAUACUGAUCCUUCUCAUCGUCUGCUUCAUCAAACGGAGUCGUGGAGGCAAAUAUCCAGUUCGAGAUAAAAAAGAUCUUCCUUUGGACUCUGUUGAUCACAAAGACCCGGACGGAUCCUUUGAAUACCACAGCGACGAGGACAACAAGCCUCUUCAAGGUAGCCAAACAUCACUGGAGGGCAACGUGAAGGAGAGCGACGACAGCCUGGUGGACUACGGAGAAGGCGGCGACGGGCAGUUCAACGAGGACGGCUCUUUCAUCGGCCAGUACACGGUAAAGAAGGACAAGGACGAGACUGAAGGCAACGAAAGCUCAGAAGCCACCUCGCCUGUCAAUGCCAUCUACUCCCUGGCGUAGUGCACCUUUUUAGACUCGCUCGCUCGCUCGCUCACACGGCCUAGCGCACAGGUGAAGGAAGACUCCAUAUGAAUACGUAGUAUAUGCGACUGUGAGCUAUCAGCUCAUGCCUUUUUUUUCCAUUUCCACAAGUUGGAGAAGAAAUGUGGUCAAUUUGCUUUUGUUCUCAGCCAGCCUGGCCGGCUGGCUGGCUGGCCUGCUGGCUGGCUGGCUGCCCUUUCUUCACACAGACUUGAGUGUGCCUUCGGGGUAGCUUUCAGCGCCCUCCAAAAGCGCUCUGUUUUUUUCCCCAUGAGUACUAGGUUCAACGGCAUAUCGGCCUACAAGCGUCAAACUCGGCAAGAUGCUAGCAGAUAUGUUUAUCAUAUUGAUACAUAUACACAAAGAAAGAUUGGAAUUUUCCACCGCUGGUAGAUGUCUCAUUCAAUCUUAAGGAAUGCUGUACACAAUUUAGCGCCCCAUCCAUCCAUCCAUCCAUCCAUCCAUCCAUCCAUCCAUCCAUCCAUCCAUCCAUCCAUCCAUCCAUCCACCCACCCACCCAUCCAUGCAGCCAUCCACCCAGCCAUCCACCCACCCAUCCAUGCAGCCAUCCACCCACCCAUCCAUGCAGCCAACCCCAUCCAUGCAGCCAUCCAACCAACCACCCACCCAUCCAUGCAGCCAUCCACCCACCCAUCCAUCAAUCCAUCCAUCCAACCACCCAUCCAUGCAGCCACCCACCCAUCCAUCCAUCCAUCCAUCCAUCCAUCCAUCCAUCCAACCCGCUAUGCACUAGCAUGCCACUUCACAUUGCUUGAUAUCUGCACGUGUUGUUUUUGAUCCCAGCUGCAGGAUAUAUGACACAUGCUUCUAAUCACUUUGCCUUUUACACUGUGGUAGAAUUGCUUUUCUUACCUCAGAGUGCAGAUGUCCAAUAGGGUAACCGCGUCAAGAAAAAAGCCAUAUCUGCUAUAGCAGCUCUGACAGUGUACGUUGCUAAUGUGUCCCAUUUGUAGAAAAACAACUGGUUUUGUAGCACGGGAGUAGCUCAACAGAAGAAACAUUUGGGUGGCAUCAAAGAGUUACUUUUGCUCGAGGAACACCAGAAGACAAAAAGCUGACUGAUGGGUGCUGUAUUGUAAGGUGUAUCCAUGAUGAUUAACAUGGGGUUUUAUUCACAUUUCAUUUCACACGUUUGAUACCAACACUGCAACAUCUAUUUAGCAUCAUAAGCUCAUAAUGGAGUGCAUAGAUAUCCUAUAUUAUAGCCUACUACUUUUUCAAAAAUAUUUUCUUAUUGGUGACAGCAGCAAACUUGCCCAUUUGUUUUUAGCUCGGAGAAAUUCAAAAAAAAAGAUGAAGUCAUGUACGCAUGCAGUUUCAUUGGAGGGCAAAAAUGCAGCCGUAUGCUCGCAAUUUCUUUUUCACUCUUUGUGUUUCGUUUCAAGCAACACGGCAAUGUUUACAUCGUAGUAUCUUUACCCAAACGGAGCAAAGCAUUCUUCGUUCGUUGCUGUGCUGGGCCUGUUGAAUAGUUGAAGUGCUGAGUUUGGAGCAGACGCUACAUUGAAGUAGCCACAGUACCGUAGUAGGACACAUAUCAAGGCAAACGGGAAUGCUUUUUUGUGGUUUUUUUUUUUUUCUUCUUCUUUCCAAUUUACAAACACACCACGAGUAGCAUUGUGAGUGUACAAUGAUGCUGUUGCUGAUCAUAAUUGCAAGAGUCGACGGAAGAGGAAUAGUAUCGCGCCUUCGCUCUAUUCUGUCAAAAUUGGCUUUGUCAACACUUUUGUGCAUUGGAGUUUUAAAAACGUAUAGCAUGAGAAAACCGUUCAUUGGUCACGUAACGUGGAAAUGUUACGGUGCUCUUUUCGGAAGGAAGAAAUGCACUGUACGUAUGUAUGCCUGCCUGCCUGCAAUUCUAAUUCUGACUCCACUGCUUGACUUUUUCCAUUCAUUCAGUCCAGCACAAUUCAAUUGAGCACAAGAGAGUAGUGCUAAUAAAGCCAAUAGAUUUCAAUUGGACUUCAGUUCACGGCUGGAGUUCAUAUUUUAUCUGACAGAUUUAUUUGAUAUUGUAUUUAUUGCUUUAUGUGGAUCCUGUUCCUUCAUUAAUACCAAUAGGUAACCAUGUAUUUAAUAAAUGUGACACAAACA